GAAAUAAAAAAAAAUAUUUCAAAAAAAAAAAAUCUAAGAAAAAAACGACAAAAACGAAAAACCAAAGAGAGUUUAUAAAGUGUUGUUUUCUUGGCACUCGCACACAGACAACACAAACGGCAGAAGCUUCAAAUAAACAACAAACAAAAAACACUGAGACGUGCACAACACUAACAAAACGAUGAGUGAUACAACUUCCGAAGGGUCAACUGUGCCGUUGGCUGAGUUUAUUGUGCCACCGGAUCCAGACCAGGAGACACCCAUUGUGCCUCUGGCAAAAUUAGCCGACAUGAGUGAAGUGUCGCCAUCGCCAGCGACGGCAAAUGGAACAACCACAGCCACAACAACGACUGCAACAACAACAACGGUGGCAAAAGCACGCACCAGCGAUGACAACAGCAUAUUCUCGGUGCUGUAUUCGGUGAGCAAAAAGAUCGCAAUUGUGGGCUCCAUUUAUAUGGUCGGCUAUAUGGGUUGGUCCGUGGCCUGGCUGAUUGCACCCGUCAUUCUGUCUGUGGCCCGCGAUCAGCUGGCCAAGACGUCGGAGAAGAAACGUGACAUUGCCAAGGCCUCGGCCUUGGCCUCGGAGAAAGAUGUAAUAUUGGCACGCAUCGAUGAGCUUCCCGCCUGGGUUUAUUUCCCGGAUGUGGAGCGUGCCGAGUGGCUGAAUAAGAUAUUGAAGCAAGUCUGGCCGAAUGCAAAUCAUUUUGCCCGCACCCUGGUCAAGGAGACAAUCGAACCGAAUGUGGCGCUCGCUUUGUCGCAAUACAAGAUGAAUGGCUUUCGCUUCGAUCGCAUCAUCUUGGGCACGAUUCCGCCACGCAUUGGUGGCGUCAAGAUCUACGAUAAGAAUGUGGACCGCAACGAGAUUAUCAUGGAUCUGGACUUGUUCUAUGCCAGCGAUUGUGACAUCAAUUUCUAUUUGGGUGGCAUGAAGGGUGGCAUCAAGGACUUCCAAAUACACGGCUGGGUGCGUGUGGUGAUGAAGCCAUUGAUUCGCUCCAUGCCGCUGGUUGGUGGACUGCAGAUCUUUUUCCUCAACAAUCCCAAUAUCGAUUUUAAUCUGGUGGGAGUGAUUGAUUUUAUGGACAUGCCUGGUUUGUCCGAUCUAUUGCGUCGCAUCAUUGUGGAGCAGAUUGGCAAUGUGAUGGUGUUGCCCAACAAAUUGCCCAUUUCACUCAGCGACGAGGUGCCCGCUGUGGCACUCAAGAUGCCCGAGCCAGAGGGUCUGCUGCGCAUUCAUGUGGUCGAGGCCAAGAACCUGAUGAAGAAAGACAUCAGUGUGCUGGGUAAGGGCAAAUCUGAUCCAUAUGCCAUUAUCAAUGUGGGCUCCCAGGAGUUUAGAACACAAAUCAUUGAUAAUAAUGUGAAUCCCAAGUGGGAUUAUUGGUGCGAGGCGAGUAUUUUUACCACCAUCAACCACUUGGUUGGUAUUUCAUUGUGGGACUAUGAUCAAAGUAUGCCAGGCGUACAGGCCGAUGAUAUAUUGGGCAGAGCCUCCAUCGAUAUAUCCAGCGUCAUCAAAAAGGGCGUGCUCGAUACUUGGCUUCCAUUGGAAGAGGCCAAGCAUGGCGAUCUCCAUGUGCGUUUGCAAUGGUAUAAGCUGACAGCCGAUCCCAAUGAUCUGCAACAGAUUCUUCUGGAAACUCAAUUGCUGCGCGUGACAACCAUGAGCUCUGCUGUGCUCAGCGUUUUCAUCGACUCCGCCAGACAUCUGAAGCAAGCACGUGCCAACUCCAAACCUGAUCCCUACCUCGUUUGCAGCGUCAACAAGCAAAAGAAGCAAACUGCAAUGAUCUUGCGUGAUGAUUCGCCUGUUUGGGAGCAAGGAUUCACUUUCCUCGUGACAAAUCCUGACAACGAGUGUUUGAAUGUUAAGAUCUAUGAUCAGAAGACUGGCAAUGAUAUCGGUCAAUACACUUAUACUCUGAGCACGCUUCUUAAACAGUUCAACAUGGAAGUCAUUCAGCAACCCUUCCAGUUGCAAAAGUCUGGACCUGAAUCGAAGCUGUACAUGUCACUAUCUCUGCGCAUUAUGAAGGCCGGUGAGAUUGAGGAGUCCGAUACUCUGGAACAAGCUGCCGCCUUGGCACGCAGCGCUUCCGUUAAGACACCUGAAGCCACGGUGACUCCUCCAGCUGUUAAGGAUACUCAAGGCAUCAACAAGCGCCUCUCUACAGAGUCGCCCAUUAUCGAGGAAGAACCCACUAAAGUAACGCCAGUUAUUUCAGCCUCCGCUUCGAUGGAGAAACCCAUCAGUGAAGUGGUCAGCCAAGUGCUAACCCAUCGCGUACCCGAAACGACUUCAUCGGCUGGCGAACAUGGUCUGGGUCGCAUUCAGCUCUCUCUCACGUACUCAGCACAAAGGCAAAAACUCGACGUGACCAUACACAAAAUAAGUCAUAUACCUCUGCGCGAUCCCAGCAGCAUACCUGAUCCAUAUGUUAAGCUGUAUUUGCUACCUGGCCGCAGCAAGGAGUCGAAGCGCAAAACCAGCGUCAUCAAGGACAACUGCAAUCCCACUUAUGAUGCGUCCUUCGAGUACCUCAUUUCAAUUGCCGAGCUGCGACACACCGAGCUCGAGGUCACCGUCUGCACACAGAAGGGUUUUCUAUCCAGUGGCAGUCCCAUCAUUGGCAUGCUCAAGAUACCUUUGGAUGACAGUGAUAUCACCACGCCGGCUGGUCUGAAGUCCUGGUUCGAUCUACAACCAGAGCUGAAGCACGAGUAAUGUCGAGAGCGUGGACAGCGGGAAAUCUGAAUCUCGAACAGCACAAUCAUACUGAACACUAAACACUUUUUUACAAGCUGCACUCAAUUUUUUGUAUUUGUUAUGUGUAUAAAUUGUAUUUAUAAUUCCUAUUGAGAAACCCUGAUUGGUCAUAACCAAAAACUCUAUUAGUCGUGCCUCUAAAUCUUAACUCUCGAUUGUAGUCCAAAAAUAAAAAAAACUUGUGUUUUC